AUGCGUCGACAUGCCGAGGGACUAGUCCAGGCACUCUCCCGGAUACGGAACGAUAGUCCUCGACGUCCGAUCGUUUUCGUUGCUCACGCUCUAGGAGGCAUCAUCCUCAAAUGGGCGCUCGUCAUUUGUCACAAUCAGAAUUUGGCAUCCAAGGGCAAGCUCCGGGACAUUCUCAAUACCACUCUCCUCGAAUCAAUCAACCGCUUGGCGUCGGUGUACAUGGAGACUACAGACUUCAUCCUCAAGGACCUUCGAUCUCACUCUUCCGAAUUCGAAAACAUACAGAGUCUGUACGUCGCGGCAAGCGAGAAAAUAAGCAGCGUAUUCUUCUGCGAAGAGUAUACAACGUCCGGCACCAGGAACCUGAAUGUCUCAUAUCACUCAGGUGCUAUCACCGGCGAUCGCAACGGGACGGUAAUCGUCCUUCAUGCGAAUCACAGCGAUUUGGUUCGAUUCUCAUCCAAGGAAGAAGAAAGCUAUAAAACGGUUCACCAUCAUCUCAAAGAAUAUGUCGAGAGUGCGCUUGUGGCAGUGCAGGAGAAGUGGGUUACGGAGGACAACUGUCGAAGUGCAGCGAAGGGAGAGUCUACCUCGCUAGGGAUCAUAGUGCCGAAGCCCUGUCCACCGGUGUCAAGAAGCUACAUUGAGCGAAAGGAAGUUCAGUCCCUUAUCACAGAAGUUCUGCUUCCGGGAGGCACACAACAUCAAACACGGUGCAUAUUACAUGGAAUCGGUGGGUCGGGCAAGACUCAACUCGCAACAAGCUGGAUUCGAAAGAAUGAAACAAGUCGGACACAAAUCGAAGCAGACUUGGAGUGGUCGAUCGGCUCAUUGGACCCGGAGUACAGAAAAAUGACCUGGAAGGAUGCAGUCGCCUACCUUGACGGCAAGGAAAGAGGCUGGCUGUUGUUCAUCGACAACGCCGAUUCACCAGACCUGGACCUCCGGCCAUACCUUCCAAAUUCCAGACAUGGCGCAGUUCUGGUCACUACAAGGAAUAGCGAAUGCAUAAGCUACGCUCAGGACGGCGCUAUUCCUGUCGGUGGUCUCGAGGAGAAAGAGGCAGUCAAUCUUCACAAACUCGCCAAUGCACACCUACAUUCGACGCCAAAUCUCUAG